AUGGCCGAAUCGGCCGAUGGACGUCGGGCGGCAGUGCCGGCCUGGCUGGUGUCCGUACUUUUGCACGCCUCGCUGUUUGUGGCCCUGGGGGUCACCCUCGAACUGACUCCGGAAGGAUCGGCCGAAGAACUGCUGCGCGAUGUGGGAAUCGUGCUGAAGAAGACCGACGCCGAAACCGGCGAAGCAGAGUACGACGGAGAAGACGAAGUUCUUACCGAGGACAGCGGCCAAACGGCCACCGAGGCGCUCGACGAGGCUAUCGCCGACGGACCGCCCACCGAUCUGAGCUCCGCCUUGCCCAGCGAAGAAGACUGGCUUGGUUCGGCCCAAACCGAAUCGGGCUCGCUCGACGCUGGCAACCUGGUGGGCGAUUCGACGCUACAGCGAACUCCCCGUAAAGGCACGACGAGCACUCAGGUGUUCGGUGUUGCGGGCGAGGGUUCGAAGUUCGUCUACGUGUUCGACCGCUCGGGCAGCAUGGAACGCUCGUUGGGACCCAGCCCAUUGAAGGCGGCCAAGGUGCAGUUGCUAUCGAGUUUGCAGAGCCUGGAAGCCAACCACCAGUUUCAGAUCAUUUUCUAUAACCAGGAACCGUUCAUGUUCAUCCCGCGUGGGCAUGGCGACAACCUGGUCUUUGCCGACGAGCGGAUGAAACUCGAGGCCGAACAGUUUCUCAACGAGAUUGCCGCCGUGGGGGCCACCACCGGGCGUGAAGCGGCGCUGCUGAAGGCCUUGCAACUGCAACCCGACGUCGUGUUUUUCCUCAGCGAUGUGGAUAAUCCGCUAACACCACGCCAACUAAAGAAGAUCCGCGACCGUAACAAAGGUCGUACCUCGAUCAACACCAUCGAGUUCGACCGUGGUCCGCCCAAGGGUGGGGCCAACUUCCUGAAACAGCUCGCCCGAGAAAACGGCGGACGCUACGGCUACGUCGAUAUCAGCAAACUCGAUUCGUACUAUGACACCACGGCUUCUGCCAAGUGCCAAGCACUGCUGGGCAAGCCAGCAGUGGCACCCACGUUGAUCGGGUUAAUCUUCUUCGCGGCGCUUUUCUUCAGUGCUCCCACGAUGACGGUGGCCGAAGACGUGGUCGUGCUGGCGGCGGGAGCGAAUCGAAACUCACAGACGCGUAUCGCCGGUGAGGUGCUGGACUACGACGGGGCGAAGCUCGUCAUGCGGCUUACCUCGGGCGAGGAGCGGGAGUUUCCUGCGGAGCAGGUGCUCGAGGUUUUGCCCGAGCGUUCUCCCGCACAUCAACAGGCCGACGAAGCGUUGGCUCGUCACGAUUACGAGACGGCCCUUUCGCUGUACCGCGAACUGAAGAACAAAGAAGUUCGGCGCUGGUUUCGGCAACUGCUGAUCGCCAACAUGGUGGAGUGCUACCAGAAUUUGGGGCAGCUCGAAGUGGCUGGCGAAACGUUUCUGUUGUUGGUGGCCGACAAUCCGAACACGCCGUAUUUCGAUCGCAUCCCGUUGGCUUGGGCCCCCAACGAGCCUUCGCCCCAACUGGCGCAACACGCGCGGGCUUGGCUACGGCGGGAUGAUGUGCCGGCGGCCGUGUUGUUGGGGGCCAGCCAUUUGAUGAGCACGAACGAUCGCCCGGCGGUUCUGGGGCGGCUCGAGCGGUUGCAAUUGCACCACGAUCCGCGAGUCGGGAUGCUGGCCCAGGCCCAGAGUUGGCGGGCCGACGUUGCAUCGGCGAGCGAAGACGACUUACAACAAUGGCAGCAGGUCAUCGAAGCGGCCCCGGCGGCAUUGCGUGGCGGGCCGUAUUCGGUGUUGGGGCAGGCUUACACGCAACAGCAAGAACCGACGAAGGCGGCGCUGGCGUUGCUGCGGGUGCCGAUCAAUCAUUCUCAGGAUCGCGAGUUGGCAGCCCGGUGCCUGUUCCAAGCGGCCGAGCUACUGCAACGCACCGGCCAAAAUGACGACGCGAUGCAGCUCUAUCGCGAGCUGACCGAAGACUAUGCCGAUCGAGCCUGGGCCGGGCCCGCCGCCCGACGGAUGGAAAGUUUGGAAGCCAAGCAGAAUUAA